AUAUGGCGGCGCCAUUCGCCUCUGGAACAGGGCGGGGAGAACAGUUGCCCGGUCGUCUCUAUAACAUCUACGCGUAUUUUUGACGAAACCAUCGUCUUCGUGACUCGAACGCGAGUGAUAUUGCGAAAUUAUCGGGUGUUUCUGUGUUCGUUUAAGCUGUUUGUGUUAUAAUAUGUGUGGAAUGGUGAUUAUGUGGUGAAUAACGUGCAAGGACGUUAGGGUAACAAUGUCUAGCAGUUGACAUGUUUAUCUGUGUCGUGUGUGAAGAUUUUCCCUUCGCGUGAGGAGUUGUAGUGCGCUAGUGUGCGCGCUGGCGCCUUGUGUGUGCGUGCCGCGACCGUGGAUACGAGAGGAUCCAAUGAUGGAUUGCAUUUCCACGGAUGUAUAGAAUGUGAACACUAUCAUCAGCUGAUCAAUGACUAUAGCAGACAAUGCGGUCACAAGCUGCAAAACCCUCACCUAAGAAGGGAGCAUUGGGAAAGACAACUUUUAAAGUAAAUACUGCCAAACAAGUCAAGAAAAAGAGAGCUCCUCCGAAAAAGGCAAAGCUUCCUCAAAAAUCUACUUUAAAAGGUUCUAAAAAAGGCGCUAGUGACGAAUCAAAUAGUAAAAAUGAGACUGAGUCAUCCAUUAAAGAAAAAAAUGAGUCGUCAACUGGAGCAGCCAAAACUUUACCAGUCAAGACCCAUACAUCUAGAGAAGAUUCCCCUACAAAAAAGGCGAAAAAAGAACCUAAAGAGACGAAAGAUAAGGCUAAAGUAGCAAAAAAAGUCGUCACUAAAAAGCCAGUAAAAUUAACUAAAAAAAACAAAUCAAACUUAAAACUUAAAAAUGACGAUAAAACUAAUGAUAACAUAAAGUACAAACUUAAUUUAGAAGCAGCUAAAAAGGGGACAGCUAAUAUUCCAAAAUCAGCACCAAAAGGAAAUUUAAAAAAAGGAAAUUCAACAAACCAGAAGAAAAAAGGAACAUCCACAAAUAAAGAUAGUGAUCAAUCUGAUAAAGAUAAAAAAUAUGAAGAAGAAACAAACCAAAAAGAUAGUUCCAUUGAAAAUUUAACCAAUUUGAUGAAAACUAAUAACGGAGAUGAUAAAGAUUCCUCUCUCGAAGCGGAGGCAAAAAUUGAAGUUAAAGAUGAAGUUCAGUGUGAUGGAAAUGAAAGUUACACGCUUAAAAACUCUACUCAAAACAUUUCUGCAACUAACAAUACUGAAGUAGAAAUGCCAAAAGUGGAGAUUGAACGACCACCUAAAUUUUUCACUUCAAGUAGAUCGUUAAGAACCGUUGACAUAGAUGUAAAAUGUUGCAAAAAUUCGAAAGGAAACCUAAGUGUUUCUGAAAGAUUUGUAUCUUUAAAAUCUGAUGACAGUAGCAAAGAAAAAAAUGCUUCUAAUAAUCUUGUAUCCCAAGGUCCAGAUAUAGACGUUUAUACAUUUACAGAAAAAGUUGACUCACCAAAAAGUAUUCUUUCAGAUUUUAGAUCUCCUAUCAAUAAAAACAUAGGAAGAGUACGACCUAUAGCUAGGGUAAAAGGAACAAUUAUUGAUAAAAAAGGUGACACCGAGAGGAAAAAAUUCUCUCCUCAUAGACCUAUUGAAGAAGUAGUUAAACAACUAAAAGCCAAUAAACGGUCUGAAGAUUUGAAUCCAGGUCAGAAUACUACAAAUUAUGUUUCGCCUGGUUUAGAUUUCAGCGCAUUCUCUAGUGAAAAGGAAGUAGAAGAGAAACCACCGAUUGUAAGUAAAUCAUACAAGAUGGUUGCAAGAAAAUCAAGCAUCACCGGAAAGCCUUUCAGUCCUAUUAAAUUUCUUGAUCAAGAACCUUCCACAAAAACAGACAUAAAACCAGCCACCAAAACUUGCAAUGCUAAGAAAAAUUCUAACAAAACUAAGAAACAAUUUAAAAAGAAUUGCAUGUCUGAUGAGGAAAUUAAUACAUCUACCUUUUCUCUAAACACGAAAAGUUUUCAUUAUACUUCUUCCGAAGAAAGCGUGAGUGAAUCAAAUGAUGAUAAUGAUAAUAAAGAGUCGUCAGAGUCUGAUACCUCUAAAGUUAAAAAGAUAAAAAAUAAAAAAUAUAAAAGGAUCACAGAUAGUGCAAAGAAAACUACUUCCAAAGAACUAAAAGAGCUUUCAAAAGAUUCAUUAAUUGAUUUAAAAGACACGUCAGCUCUAUUAGGAAACGAAAAACCUAGCAAAAGACGUCUAAAACUAUUAUCCAUGUGGACAGGCCCCAAAAAGCAUAGAAUGGCAUCACUAAAUGCCUUAGCUAAAGUGCAUUGUUUAUAUGAGAAUGAAAGUAGAACUCAUAUGGAAUUGGGAUUGAUGAAAACGGUAGAUAGACAAGUGAUGCCGAGUACGUCUAAAGCUUCAUUGCCUAAAAAGAAAGAUACAAAACCAAAAGAAACAGAAAAACAAGAAAGUACUUCCGAGUCCGAGUAUGAAAAUAAGAAUGAAAAGGACAAAGAGAGUUCUGAAAGUUCUGAUGACAAUCCACCUCAAAGAAGUCUACGAGGUGUUCCUGGCAUAAGAAGUGCCGGUAAAUAUUGGGAUCCAAAAUCUUCAACGUCAUCAAGUGAAGAUAGCGAAUUAGAGUCGAAAUCGAACAAUUUGCCGACGGAUAAAAAGAAAACUAUACCAAAAUCGUCUUCAGGAAAAUCCGACUCGGACAAACCUCCACUGAAAAUGAAGAAAACAGCAGGAGUCCCUAUAAAGAAAAAACGCAAUAGAAACGAAAUCGUUAUGGAUCUCAAAGAUAUGGUAGUUCAAAAACGGAUGGCAAGUUUAAACGCUACAGCAAUUUUAGCUGCUAGUUAUGAAAAACGAUCUCCUAAAUCCAACAAAGACGAUACUACAUCUGAUUCUUGCAGCGACGAAUCUUAUUCUCAAAAGCCAAAAAACGUAAUAAGUUCCGGCGUAAAGUCGGAGGUAAAAAAUGAAGACACUAAAAAAGAAAUCGAAGAUAGUAGUGUAGCUGACAGGAAACAGAAAGUUGAGGUUAUUGUUAAUCAAGAUACAGAUGUAACUAUAACAGGGGUUUACUCCACCCACCAUCAUGAAGGAUUCUGUACUGUAUCAGGAAUGCAAUAUCGCAUCUCGUCAACAAGCCAUACCCAAACUACGGCAACGGCUAAUUGCGAAAAGGAGGGUUGUUCUCGAGAAGACGGAUCUCGUUAUACGCCUCUCUCAGCGCUAUCUUCUAUGCAGCCUCCUGCUGAACAUACGCAUCCUCAUCCGCAUCCAGUGCCAGAAUUGGGUGGUCUAGCUCGUCGUGCUGCUGGGUGCUCCAGCGCCUUCUCAGCACCGUCACCGGCGGCGCAUCAUGACCCAGGUAAGAUAAAAGUCUUCACUAUAACAGUAUAUUAUUGUGAUCAACCAACACCUGUACGCGAAAAAGAAACAAAGGAGAAUGGGACUUGUGGGCCAAAAUGUAAUGAGUAG